AUGGUCAGAUGGGCCAAAGACCUUGGAUACGACCUGGAAUAUGAUAGAUGGGUACAACUUUGGAAGAGAGGUAUGAAAUUUACAGCAUGCGCUGCUCUCCGAGAAAAUAUGGAGAAAAUGAUGUAUCGCUGGUACAUCACCCCGGCAAGGCUGGGGAAGAUGUACAAAACCGGAGGCAGUGCGUGCUGGAAAUGUAAAGCCAAUGAAGCUUUCAGCAUAGUGGCCUGUACUAUUGCAGGCCAUGGAAUAUCGGAAUAUCCAUUUAUGAAUUAUUGUUCUGUUCCGCUAACAGAUUUUGCCAUCAACCCAUCCAUACCAAAGAUCAUGGUGUUUUUAGUGUUCUUGCUGCUGGAACUGAUUUCUUACAAUGUAUGUGAGGCUCACAUGGCAAAAUGCAGGCUCCAAGGUCCACACCAUCCACUUCACACGUAUCAUCAGCCAGGAGAGUUCCUCAUUGGUGGCAUAGUUUUCCAUGGUGGCUUCAUCGCCUCUCCAGCAACAUUCUCUGAGGAACCCCCACCAGCGUUGCCUGAAGAGCUUGUGGUGGUGCCUAAGGGUUACCAGCACAUCGUGGCCUUGGCAUUUGCAGUCAAGCAGAUCAAUGAAGACCCUCACAUCCUACCCAAUAUCACCUUGGGCUUCCACUUAUAUGACAGCUAUAUCAGUGCAAGGAGCACAUAUCUUGCCACACUGCUGCUUUUAUCUAUGGUGGAGAAAUUUGUCCCUAACUAUAUAUGUGAUGUUGAAAAUAGUCUGACUGGAGUCAUUGGGGGACUGGAUUCUGAAAUCUCCUUUUAUGUGGCAACUAUUUUGGAUAUCUAUAAGAUUCCGCAGCUCCAUCACUUUCUGAGAAGUAUCUCAUUUAACAAUACAGCAGGAGAUGUGGUCUUCAUCAACCAGAAUGGUGAGGUGGUAUCUAGCUUGAAUGUUGUCAAUUGGAUUAUAUUCUCCAACCAAAGUUUGCAAAGAGUGAGUGUUGGGAGGAUAGAUCCACAGGCUUCUGCAGACCCAUCAUUCAUCCUUGAUGAAGAUGCCAUAACAUGGAACAGUUGGUUUAAUCAGACUCGGCCUCUUUCUCUCUGUACUGAGACAUGUCUUCCAGGAUCCAGCAAGAAAGUGAAGGAGGGACAGCCACCUUGCUGCUACGAUUGCAUCCCAUGUGCAGAGGGGAAGAUUGCAAACCAGUAUGAUAUGAAUGACUGUAAUAAAUGCUCAGACAAACACUAUCCAAGCAAGAACCGGGAUGCAUGUCUACCCAAGGAUAUAAGCUUCUUGUCUUAUGAAGAACCUUUGGGCAUCAGUUUAGCCUGCUUCUCUCUUUUCCUUUCCCUGAUGACAGUUCUGGUACUAGGUACAUUUAUAAAACACCAUGACACACCUAUUGUCAUUGCAAACAACCGAAACCUCACCUACACUCUCCUCAUCUCUCUCCUGCUCUGCUUCCUUUGUGCUUUGCUCUUCAUUGGCCGACCUGACAAGGUGACGUGCCUCCUCCGGCAACCAGCUUUUGGUAUAAUCUUCUCAACUGCUGUUUCUUGUGUCCUGGCAAAAACCUUCAUGGUGGUUUUGGCCUUCAUGGCUACAAAACCAGAAUCCAGGAUGAGGAAAUGGGUGGGGAAAGGACUAGGCCACUCCAUUCUCCUUUCCUGCUCCAUAGUUCAAGGAGGGAUAUGUACUGUGUGGCUGGCAACCUCUCCCCCAUACCCAGAUGUAGACAUGUACUCAAUGACAGAAGAAAUUAUACUAAAAUGUAAUGAAGGGUCUGUAACAAUGUUUUACUGUGUCCUCAUCUACAUGGGCUGCCUGGCCACUGUAAGCUUUGCUGUGGCUUUCCUCGCCAGGAAGUUACCAGACAGUUUCAACGAAGCCAAGUUUAUCACUUUCAGCAUGUUGGUCUUCUGCAGUGUUUGGCUGUCCUUUAUUCCUUCCUACCUGAGCACCAAGGGAAAAUACAUGGUAGCUGUGGAGAUCUUCUCCAUCUUAGCCUCCGGUGGUGGGUUGCUGGGUUGCAUCUUUUCCCCCAAAUGUUAUAUAAUUAUUUUGAGGCCUGAGCUGAACAAUAGGGAACAGCUAAUAAGGAAGAAAAAUUAA